AAAAAAUUUUUUUUAUUUUAGAUUAAUAAAAACACAUAUAAAAAUAAAACUGAGUUAUAAGAGCAAAUAGUCAACAUGAGUCACUCUGAUGCAGGUCCACUUGCCAACUACAACAGCUUACUUGAUAAAAACCUAAGUGGAUACUUCGGUAAUACAAAAAUGAAAAAGCAUCUUGUGAAAUCGGGCUUGAUCACAAAAUCUGGUCACAUUACUAGUGAGAAUGCAUACCGCUUGAAAAUGGCGAAGAAGGAACACCGUAAACAUGUCAGAGAUAUCCUAGCCAAUGCAAUUGUAGAAAAGGCCCUGGACAUGGAGCGUAUGCGUCAGCAUGAAAUCCGAAAAAGACUGGACGAGUUGUACAAAAUUGAAUUGGUGCAAAAAGUACGAACAGAGCGUUGUCAAAAAUCGAACCAAGAAUUGAUAGCACUGCUUUCCCCUAGAUCAAAGAAAAGUGCUAAGCACCGUAAAGCAAAAAGUGCUGUAGUGAGGGGAGAAGAUCGUAACACAAAACUGCCUGAUAUUUACUUUGAUGGGAAAUCUAAAAAUCUCUAUUAUGAUACAAAUGAAUCCCUUUAUUCUGAUAGUGUAAUGUCAGAUCGACAUCAACACUUCCCUGAACAAAGACUAAAAAAACCACGCUCAAGCACAGCAAAAGCAUUCACUCCACAUCCACCUGCUACUAAGAAGAAAAAGAAAAGAAAAGUUCAUAGAGGUUUAAUCUUGGCGAAAAGCGAUCAACUAAUUGCACAUCGUGUUCAAGUUCAGUCCAUGGCUGAAGUGACAAUGAAGUUCCUUGGAUCACCCCUCAAUUUGACGAAUGAUAUGUUUCCAUCAAGCAAGUUAAGUGAAGUACAAGUCAUUCAACAACAUUGUGGAGCUAGCACAGUCUGUGUGUUUAGAGAAUUGUUACCUGCUAACACUGUGUUCACGUUUGUAUCAAGAAGACAUCGCGGAUCUCCCUUUGGAUUGACGAUUUAUAUAAAUGGCAUUAUCAACAUUAGAGUCAGUUCCUGUUGUGAGUAUAAACACAAACCUGGAAACAAGAUUGGUGGAAAGAAUAGCCAGUUUGCUUUGAUUUCUGUGCAGGGAGCAGCACCUUGUUAUAGGUGUCAAGUACGACUUAAUAUGAACGAGGAGAAAAAUAAAGAAGAAGAAGAUAAAGAAGAAGACACGUCGAGUGAUGAAGAAGAAGCUGUUAGAAGUUAUGACAUUAUUGUUAGUCGAGGUGGAAAAAGAGAAGAUGAAGGAGAAGAGGAAACAAAACAAAAAGAGAGACCAGUUUCUGCACACGCUACAACACAAACUGGCGAAGACGAAAAUAUAGAUGAAAAUGAAGCAGAGUAUCAAGAUGAUGAUUUUGAAGAAGAAGAAGAGGAAGAAGAGAAAGAAUUUGAUUUAAAAGAAGACCCGCGAAGUUCGAGUGAGUCGUCAGAUUCUGAUUCUGCUGAUGAAUUGGAUGGAGAAAAGAUCAAAAAAGGUAAAAAUGUGGAUACUGGCAGCAGUAGUGCAAGCUCAUCAUCUGAAGAUGAAGAAGAGGGAAAGGAAGAAGAAGAAACAAAAGGAAACAUUGAGGAGAGAAAAAUUCAAAGUGAAGAUGUGAGUGAUAGAGACGAGGAUAAGAAAGUUGACAGUGAUGUUGAUGGAAAAGAUGACAGUGAAGAAGAUAACAGCAGUGAAAAACAUGAAGAGAAACCAGACUCCACAGAUGAUGUGAGCAGUGAAGCUGAAAAAUCAACCGAAGUAGAAGAGACUACAGAACAAAGCGAUAAUGCGAAGGAGGGUGAAGACACUGUAAGUCACGUGUACUUGGAUGAUGCAGCUAAAGAUGACUCUCAUAGUGACAGUGACAGCGAUAGCAGCACUUCUUCCAAGUCUUCAAGAUCAUCAAAAAGUUCCGAUAGUGACAGUGAGGACGACAAACCAAAAGAUGUUGACGAAGAUAGAAAUGACGCCAAUGUAGAAAACAACGAAGAAAGCAGUUCCGAGAAAUCCGAGGCGAAAGUAGAAGAAGUUGAAAGCGAAAGCACUUCUAAUAAAAAGGAGGAAGAUGAGCAUAACGAAGAAGGUCCUGAAGUCGUUGUAGAGCAUUCAGAUGUUACACAUGAUGACGAAAACAAUGAGGAGGAAGAUGAGAACGCUGGUGAAAAGAAUGACAGUCUACCAUCCGUCAUCAGUCGAGAGAGUACAAUGUUGACUGGCAAUGAAGAUGGUGAAUGCGAAAAUGAAAAUAAAACAAUACAGUUUAACGAAGAAGUUGACGUAGUUCAUUACGAGAAAGUGGUUGUGGAACCAACACCCGAGAGCACGCCUCGUUCUGAUGUGAGUGACUCUGAUGAAGAUUUUGACGCCAUGCAACAUAUUAGUCAAAAAAUCAUGCUGACAGAUCUGGGUGACGAUGAUGACGAUGAUGAUGAUGAGGAGGAUAUUGAUAUUGAUGUUGAGAAAAUAGAACAAAAGAACGUAGACGAAGAUGACAAGUAUAUGGACAAAGGCAACGAUCCUGACAAUAUAUCUGAGGAUGGCUUUGAGGCAAACAAAGUUAGCAAUAAUUCUGAUAUCACGAAACGCAGUGUACAUGAUGGUCCAGUAAAGUCAUUGGUUGAGAGCUUGAAAGACAUAGAUUUGUCAAAUCUUCUACUCUCACCUGAACAGACCGAUGAAUUGUUGAUGUUAAUGAACGACAACCUGGGGGAAAUUCAAUCUAUAUCUUUGCGUAACACUCUUCUCCAUGGUGGCGUAGAAAAACUGAAAGAUGUCAUUUCAAAGGCUGGCAAUUUAAAGAUACUAAAUCUAACAUUGACCAACAUUGAUGCUGAGGAUGGGAAACAUGUUGCUGAAAGUCUGUCUGGCGAACAUCAUCAAAUCAAAGUGUUGAUGUUGGAUGGAAAUCCUCUUGGUGACGAAGGUGUGACGUCAUUGCUGCAUGCGUUAAGUAAAAACAAUACAUUAACCAACCUGGAUAUAGCCAACUGUAAUGUGCACGAUGAAGGAGCAGAGGCGAUCGGUGCAUAUCUUCAAGAAAAUGAGUCGCUUAUGAGCUUAACGCUAAGUAAAAACGGGCUGACUGCCAUUGGAUGGCAGUAUAUUGCAGAUGCUUUAAAAGUAAAUCGUUCUUUAAAAACAUUAUCAAUAGACUCCAACAACAUGUUGGAUGACGGAGUCAAAGCUAUUUGUGACGGAAUAAGCGAGAACCAAAGUUUAGUGUCGCUUGACGUCGAAGGAAAUUUCAUAGAUGACGUAGCUGGAGAAAUGAUAUACGAGGCUAUAAAAAGAUGUGAGACAUUAGUUGAUGUGACUUUGCUGCCAGAUAAUAAUUUUUCGGACGAGAUGAUUAACAAAAUUCGUUCGGUAAUUUAUACACGCGUGGAGGAGAAAGUGAAUUCUUGAGAAUCGGAUUCCGCUGUAUUGGAACCUAUUGUACAUUGGUGGUUUCAAACAAACUUGCAAAUUCCCGCCAUUUUUGCUUUUCCUUUUUACGUCAUUUCUUGUAUACGCGCAAAUGCGAUUUUCAUUUAGUAUUGUAUAUAUAUUUAUUCUUUAGUGCACGUUCACAUAAGAAACCUCUCCAACUAUAGUCAACUGUAAGCUAGAUUGGUUAAGCAGAGUUUACUGAAAAUCAUUUUGAGGGUAAAACAUUAGAGUUCGUAUUUCGGCCUUAUAAAAUAUCUUAUGUCGGUGAGUGUACUUAUAAUACUAUUAACAUUAUGAGGAAUAUUUCUGAAUGUCAGGGAUGGGGAGAGGGUGAUUUGAAAGUUUACGCUAAGUUCAACUUUAGCCCUUAAAACGAAUAUGUUAAAGUUUACUGGAUAUAAAACAACCCCGCGAAUUUGUGUAGCUCAGUGACAGUACGAGAAUGGUCAGGAAAAAAAUUGUAAUGCCGCGUGGAUGUUCAUAACGUUUUACGCUGUGUCAUCUAUCCCCCCCCCUGUGCAUUGUCUCUCUGUCGUUUAACUACAUUUGUGUGUCCUUCCUAAGAAGGUUUAUGUGUAAGUAUUUAUGUAUAAAUCAUAGGAUUUCUUCCCUUUAAAUAGCCGAAUUGAAUUUUCCACAUAAUUGUACAUAAUGCUAACACAAGUAAUAUAUUUUUUUUGAAAAUGUAAA